CAAGCGAAACGGAAUCAGGCGAGAUGGAAUCAGGCGAGAUGGGAUCGAACGGGACGGAAUUCGGCGAGAUAGAAUCAAACGCAGACGAUUCAUUGGAUGCGAACAACAAUAAUCUCGACUGCCCUGAAGUAGCAUCGAAUAACACUUCCGCAAAUGGCGGAUUCAUCCCCCAUUUUUUUCUGAGGCAUACCGUUGAUACAAUGCCACCUGCACAGCGAGAAAUACUCCCGUCGAUUCCAUUGAGAAGGCGCGGAAUGACGCAGGACAGAUUAAUCUCUCAGAUUCCUCCGAGCGAUGGUGAACUCAUCAGUGAUACAAUGAUAGUGCCGUCGAAUUCAUUGAGAAAUCGCGGAAUGACGCCUCAGUUCUUCUUGAAUUAUAGGCACAUCAAUAAUGGAACGCUGCCCAAAUUAGGAAGGAAACUGUCGUCGGUUCAACUUAGACAACACGGAAUGGCACGGAACUGA